AUGGACUUCGAGCCGUACGUCCAGCUGUCCGCAGACCACGACGAUGUCAACAGACCUAUGAUGGGUUUGUUGUGGUGCCUCAGGAGGCCUUCUUGGGUCGGCGUGCAGACGAGGAAGUCGUACCACGACUUCGUGGGACAGUUUGACGCUCUUGUGGACACGGACGUGAGGUGGACUCCGUACACUGCAGCCGACAUUUACGCCCGGGCACCGAGCGGUCUUUCUUCCUUAUGCCUGCGAGACCACGAGUACUGGAUGACGAGGAAGCCGAUCCUUUACGACAUCCACGUCGAGGAGUACUAUGUGAACCGGGUCAUGAGGCAGUUCGGUCUCUACCAGCAGACCCCAGUCCCGAUUGUGGACACGUCAGGGCCAGCCACCAGGCUCGCGGUGGGCUGA